CUCCUUUCAUCUCAUCAUCGUCUUCGUCAUCAGUGUAGUAGUAGUGAAGCGAGAAUCAUCGGAGAGCAAUUUCGCUUUGUCAAUUUCAAUUGGAAAAGCGCAGAAUCAUUAGGGCGCCCCGCCACUUAAAAAUCCCUUUUUUUUGGAAAGUAACGAGCAGUCCAAAUCAGCAGCCAGCCGCACGUCAGACCUCACCCUCUCCCUUGCGCCGCCAGGCUGCCUGCUGCCGCACCCGCUCGGAUUGAUGGAUGGGCGCGGCACCAGCAGCGCGCACUUCGAGGCGGCGUGCUGACGCGGCCGCGGGGUGUAACUGACGGCGCUUUUAUAAGCACGCUGCCUCCCCGUCUCUCGCAGCAGCAGCGGCAGUGGACGACGGCGCCCGCGGCAUCCCCACGAACCCUAGCCUAGCCCUCGUGUCCCGACUCCCCCACGCGGGCGAGGUUAGUUGGCGGUUGGAUUUGAUGGCGCUCGCGUCGCGGGUGUCGUCGCAUGGUGCGGGCCCCGCGGCCGGGAGGAGGGGGCGCCCGGGGUUCGCGGUGGUUGGGCUCCCGGCGGCCGCGAGGAGGGGAAGGAGGCGCGGCGGAGCCGUGGCGGCGAGCCCUCCGACGGAGGAGGCGGUGCAGAUGACGGAGCCGCUCACCAAGGAGGACCUCGUCGCGUACCUCGUCUCCGGGUGCAAGCCCAAGGAGAGUUGGAGAAUUGGCACGGAACAUGAAAAGUUUGGUUUUGAAGUUGAAACAUUGCGACCUAUAAAAUAUGUUCAGAUCCGUGACAUACUGAAUGGGCUCGCUGAGAGAUUUGAUUGGGACAAGAUAAUGGAAGAAAACAAUGUUAUCGGGCUCAAGCAGGGAAAGCAAAGCAUUUCGCUAGAACCUGGUGGCCAGUUUGAACUUAGCGGUGCUCCUCUUGAAACAUUACAUCAAACUUGUGCUGAGGUCAAUUCACAUCUUUAUCAGGUCAAAGCAGUUGGAGAAGAAAUGGGUAUAGGAUUUCUUGGACUUGGUUUUCAGCCGAAGUGGGCGCUGAGUGAUAUACCAAUAAUGCCCAAGGGAAGAUACGAAAUAAUGAGGAAUUACAUGCCUAAAGUUGGUUCUCUUGGCCUUGAUAUGAUGUUCCGCACGUGCACUGUUCAGGUUAAUCUUGACUUCAGUUCAGAGAAGGAUAUGAUAAGGAAAUUUCGUGCUAGCCUUGCAUUGCAACCUAUUGCAACAGCAAUAUUUGCUAAUUCUCCCUUUAAAGAAGGAAAACCAAAUGGGUUUCUCAGCUUAAGAAGCCAUAUCUGGACAGAUACUGAUAAUAACCGCUCUGGGAUGCUUCCUUUUGUCUUCGAUGACUCGUUUGGAUUUGAGCAAUAUGUGGAUUAUGCAUUAGAUGUCCCAAUGUAUUUUAUAUAUCGAAAUAAGAAGUACAUUGACUGUACCGGAAUGCCAUUUCGGGAUUUUAUGGAAGGAAAGCUCCCACAAGCUCCUGGGGAGUUGCCUACUCUAAAUGAUUGGGAGAACCAUCUAACAACAAUUUUUCCCGAGGUUAGGUUGAAGAGAUACAUAGAGAUGCGGGGUGCUGAUGGUGGCCCAUGGAGGAGAUUGUGUGCUUUGCCUGCAUUUUGGGUUGGGCUGUUAUAUGACGAGGAAUCAUUACAAAGCAUUUUGGAUAUGACUUUUGAUUGGACAAAGGAAGAGAGAGAGAUGCUACGACGGAAGGUACCGUUGACUGGUUUGAAGACACCAUUUCGUGACGGAUAUGUAAGAGAUUUAGCUGAAGAUGUUCUAAAAUUAGCCAAGAGUGGACUAGAAAGAAGAGGAUACAAGGAGGUUGGUUUCUUGAGAGAGGUUGACGAAGUAGUGAGAACAGGAGUGACACCUUCCGAGAGGCUUUUGAAUCUGUACGAGACCAAGUGGCAACGCAGCGUGGACCCUGUCUUUGAGGAGUUGUUAUACUGAUGACGCCGAGAAUGCUGGACAGAGCUUGUAGAUGCACUCUGAUACAGAAUCCCUUGUUCAUUCGAUUCAUUGUCUGGAAGGCUAAUGCCUGCGUUAACGCCCCUCAGCUGGUUACUGCCUGACGGUGAAACCGGCACCCGGUGCUGUGGCUGCAAUAACCUCGCUCGGACCGCUGUCUUGUUCGGACGGAACCUUUCGCGACUUUUGAUUUCCUCCUCCUUCAGGGAUGGAACAAACAACUGUUUGUACCGACCCUUUUGUUCAGCGAUGAAAUGUUGUAUGAAAAUAAACCCAUCUGCCGUAGGAUGGAACAAUCUGUUUUCCUUUCAGAAAUGCUGGGAUGUAUGACAUGGGCGUAGUGCAUGGCAAAACAUUCGUAUCUAUCCCUGUUCAUCUAAAAUAAAAUAAAAAAUGAUGAUC